GCAGGCAUCAGCACAUAGUGACAAGUUGACGACAACAAGGCACAGCUCAUUCAUUUUUAAACCAGCAUGCAUGCUUUAAGAAGCCACUGCUGUCCUCCUGCCUUCUAGACAGAGAGUUGCUUUACUUUCCUCCGCCUGUUUCUGAACUUUUCCCGGCAAUAACACUAUGGACCCGCUAUGGACGGGCACCGGCGCUCGGGUACGGCAUGCAAAUACGUACUCUGACGUCGGCGAUCAUGUGGCUUUUGGCGUAGAUCCUCCUUGUGAUCGCCAAUUUUUUCUUUCCUGUCGCCUGUUGUCUGCUCGGUUAUUGGACAGCCGUGAGACAGUUUAAAGCAGAUUGGGGUUAUUUCUCGCUAUAGCAGUCGCUUUGGGAUUGUACCGCACUACCUGAGCAUCGCGCCAAAACGGUGGGCAGGUAGCAUCCUGUCAUGAAGUUCCUGGAGGUGGUCCAGCACUGGAGCUGACACUGUCAGUGAGCCCGACACGACACCAGAACCAUCCGUACCAGACCCCCAACUUCCACUGCCCCCCUCUCGCUCCAGUCACUAAGACUGGCUGCUCCCCCCGUCCCAGACACUGUCUUGUUUUCACUUCCUCUCUGAAUAUCAAGGAGAGCCCUCGCCUGUCUCUUGGUCCCAGUACAGGUCAGGCCUCCUGUCUAGUCUGCAGACCUUUUCCCACCCUCCUGUGAUAGCAUUCCCCUCACUGGCAGCGGUCCACCCAGACCAGGAUCCAUCAUCAUGUCCAGCCGACGGAAGGCCUCCACCCCCCUGAUGAUCCGCCCAGAGCAGACCAUGGUGGAGCUGGAUGACGACACAGACGAUGACAUGGAGACAACAACGGAGAACCAUUCUGAGGAGAGGCCUAUGGAGACAGAUCUCUCAGCAGAGACGGAGCCCUCUGUGGAAUUAGACCUGACGGGCUCAGCCCCCGACCCUCCCCUGCCUCCAGACAAACCCCAAGCUGAGCCCCCCGACCUUUCCAAGCCUCAGCGCAGACAGCAGGGGGGCUACGAGUGUAAAUACUGCCCCUUCUCCACACAGAACCUCAACACUUUCAAAGAACACGUGGACGUCAACCACCCCAACGUCAUCCUCAACCCCCUGUACCUGUGCGCUGUUUGUAACUUUAACACAAAGAAGUUUGACACCCUGACGGAACACAACGAGAGGUGUCACCCGGGGGAGAGCAAAUUUAAAUUCAAACGCAUCAAAAUGAACAAUCAGACAAUCCUUGAACAGACAAUAGAAGGUUUCAGCAACAGUGCAGUCAUCUACAACACAUUUUCUGGCAAAGGGGACGACCUCAGCGCUCUGCCGCUUGGCAAGCCCACCUCAGUGAAGAUCGGUAAACCAAAAAUGUCGUCGGAUAAUAAACGGACAGAUCUGGCGAAGAAACCGAUCACAGCGUUCGCCGUGAACGUCCCGCUCAUCAUCCCAGAGUCGACUCUGCUCAAAGCAGAAGGCCUUUCACACAUCAUGCCUUCCCUACAGCGGCCUCUCAGCUACUCUCAGGUUCCGAAGAUCGCAGUGCCCCUCAACACAACCAAAUACAACCCUUCGCUGGACGACAACCUGACGCUCAUCUCUUCCUUCAACAAGUUCCCCUACCCCACGCAGGCGGAGCUCUCCUGGCUCACCGCCGCCUCCAAACAUCCAGAGGAGCAAAUCAAAGUCUGGUUCACUACACAGAGGCUCAAGCAGGGCAUUAGCUGGUCUCCUGAGGAGGUGGAAGAAUCCAGGAAGAAGAUGUUCAACGGUACCAUCUCCUCUUUGCCUCAGACCUUUACCGUGGUAGCUCCUCAGUUCAGCUCUAACAUGUCUGCAGCCUCUAAAGCUAUGCAGGCGGCAGCCUCCGUCCUGCAGUCUCUGCCCUGCCAGCUGCUGCGACAGACCAGCCUGGUGCUGACCCCUGUGGCCAACGGCUCCACGAUCACCUGCGCUCCGCUGGCCCUCACCGUGGCUAACCAGGUGGCACAGUCGCUCAAAAGACCCCUUUCCUCCCCUGGGAUCACUACGGACAGUAAACGACCCUCCAUCAUUCAGACCAUCUCCGUGCCCAUGGCAACAUCCAAGCUGGCGUCGCCCAAAGUUCUGAGCUUCACCGUGGACCCCAACAAAACAGCUGAGCAGCUCUCAGUGCUAAGGGCCAGCUACACACAGUGUCCUUUCCCUGAGGAAGAUGAGAUCUACAGGCUGAUAGAGACCACCGGGCUGUCCAGAGGAGAGAUAAAGAAGUGGUUCAGUGAACAGAGGCUCCUUAAUCUCAAAGGCAUUCCUCCCCCUCCGGUGCUGGUGAAAGCAGAGGUGACCCCAGCACCUAAAGACGGUGCUGUGAAGAAGGCGGUGCCCAGCCACUUCCCCCUGCUGGAGAGGGUGAAGGGGAAGUCUUCAGAACAGCUGAAGGCGCUGGAGGAGAGCUUUCAGAGAAGUAGCACGCCGACAGAGGCGGAGCUAGCCCUGCUGGCCCAGGAGACCCGGCUGUCCCACACGGAGGUGGACUGCUGGUUCUCAGAGCGCCGGGCGCUGAGGGACAACAUGGAGAAGGCUCUACUCUCCAUGUCUGCCAAGAGCACGGAGGAGCGGCCGGCUGCGCUGCUGAACGGGGCGUCGCACGGCUGGAAGCCUCCUCGCUCCUCCCCCCAUCCACCUGUCCUCUCCCCUUCCUCCUCCUCCUCCUCCUCAUCGUCGUCCUCCUCCCCUCCUGUACUCGCAGCCUCCUCCCCUCAGCCACCCACCCUCUCCUCAUCAGCAUCCCCUCCCAUCCUCACUUCAUCUUCCUCCUCCUCUUCUCCCCAUCCCCCAAUCCUGUCUGCCUCCACCAGCCCGGCUCCAAUAACCAGCUUCUCCCUCGGCCUAUUAAGAGAGGUGUUCUGUCGGACCCAGUGGCCGUCUCCUGAGCAGUACAGCCAGCUGGAGGUCCAAAUGAGCCUCGGACGCACCGACAUCGUCCGUUGGUUCAAGGACCAUCGAUCUGCGUUGAAGAACGGUGAAACUCUGGAAUGGAUGGAAAGUUUCCAGAACCAAAAGCUGGCAGAGACGCAGGAAUCAGCCCAGGAACAGAACGGCCAGAGUUCUGAGAAGAGGGAUUCCUUGGAAGUCAAGGCUGUGAAAGUCGGUGCAGUGGAGGAGGCCUGUGAGAGCGCAGCUGCUGCACCGGAGCACUCCAAGCUGUCCGACCAAGAUAAAGUGCAGUGGUUGACGGACAGAUUAGCCCACAGUGUGACGGACCUGAGCCGGACCAGACCGGACCAGACCAGCUCCAGCCCUGCUGACAAUGGAAGGUGGGUAAAGGUGACCGUGGCAGUGGGGGAGGAGAGCGAUGCAGCAGUGGAGAGACCGAUGCUGGCAACAGACACUGAAGUCCUGAGCAUGGAGCAGCCUGGGAGGGUCACUGGUUGAGAGUCCAGUCCAAUCGAGUGUGGAAGGAACCAGUGAUGUCUGCCUGUGAUGUCAUCACAAAGCGCCUGGGACUUUGUAGUUCCACUGUUAAAGCACUGACAGAUGUGUGGGCAGAUGCUGACAUUAAGAGGAGUGCCAAAGCUGGACUUGAUGCAUUGUUCUUACUACUACACUUUUUCUUUUUUUUAAAGAAGGACCCUUGUAAAUAUUUUUCUGUAUUACAAAAACAGUUUGUACAGUUUUACUGGGAGGGCAAGUUUUGUUAAAUUUUUAAAAGAAAAAUUCAAAGACUGGUUCCCCCAAACCUUUUUGUUGUUGUUUUAAGAUCAAAGUGUAUGAUAGUGUGUUAUUUGCUGAAAAUCAGUCCUAUUUUUUGAAAAUCAUGCACCUGCGGACUACUCACUGAGUAGUGUUUGAUGGCACUUGCAUAUAUCCCUGUGUUAGUGAUAGAUAUUUACAUGCUAUGCCUCUUCAUCUCAAACUGUUGGGAGACAUUUCCGCUUCUCCUGCAGCGUCACCCUGACUCGCUCAUAGAAUUACGCUGACUAGGUGAAAAUCAGUCAGACGUGCUCGAGGGACGCUAGGAGUCCUCGAGUUUCGGGCAAUCGUAACACGAUACAGAAAUGAUAAAUCACAUUGAGUGUCUGUGUUAUCGCACCAUGCUGCCUUUUUCUGCUCUUAUCUGACAUUUGCUUUCUGCCUCAGAGAGAACUGGUGAAGAUUAUUUCAGCUUAUCACUUCUUUUUUCUAUAAAAACUUGAAAUAUUCUUGAAUGAAAGUCUUAAGCGCAUGAUAAAGCAACUUAAGCUCCAGUGAUCUGUGAACACCCCUUGGCUUUUGCGGCUUUAGAACAGCCCUUGUGUUCAAAUAUGGAUUGGGUUAAGUUGAUUUCUGUACAGUCGCUUCAGAACACCUGACAUGGUGGUUCAUGAAUCUCCACAUUAACAAAGAGAAAUGAUCUGUGCUGUUCUCAAGAAAACAUGCAUUGGAAUAUCACAACUGGUAUGAGCUUCUUGCACGUGCUUCAACAAUUUUCAUUUUUAACAAUUCAUUUUCAGAAAUGAUUUAAAAGGGAUAUCUGUGAUUAUUGGGUCAAAUUGCAAGCGCUUGCAAUAUGUGCAGCAAAAAAAGUUGAACUGUCAUUUGAACCUGGUUUGAACAGCAGGUGUAUGGCUGUGCUGGCUGAAUGUCUGCUGCUGUUUCUGAGAUACUGUACAUCUUAUUGGCUAAUGGGAACUGCUUGCAUUUUUCAUUUUCUACUUUAAGUCUGCUGUAACUCAAUAAAUACACAACCGACUACAAAACCGC